UGUUGUUGCAAAAAAAAUUUUUGUGUUUAUUUAAUUUAUAUUAAAAAAAUUCAUUAUAAUCAAACAAUAAAUGAAUCGUAUAAAAUAAAAUAUAAAUAUAAUGAAAAACAAAAUGAAAAUUGUAACAAUGUAAAGUGAAUAGAAAUUAAAUGCAAAAACGUUGAAGUAAAGUAAAAACGCUUUCUCUCGGAUUGCAACAACGAGAAAAAAAAAACGGGAAUAGACGGGCGUUGAUCUCAUUUUUCAUAAAAUAAAAGAGUAUUCAAAUACCAAGAUUCAUUUGUUAUCAUCAUUUGAAACCAUUAGAAGGCAAAUUUGAAGAAUUGAAAUAUAAAAUAAAUUACAAAAACUUUUGAAAAAAAAGAAGAAAAGAUCAAAAUGUCUGGUGGAAAAGAUCGAAAAUCGCGAUCUAAUAAAACUCAAGGUUGGGAAGAGGCUGGUGGAGAAUUUUAUCAAGAAAGUUAUCCAGGGGAUUUGGAAAAUUUACAACGGGAUCCUGCUGCAUUAGCUACAUUACUGCCAUCAAAACAAAAUAGAGCCGCUACAACACGACGUGUUCGACCAAAUCAACAAGAUACAAAAAAUACCCGCCGAAGACCUGGAACGGCAACUGGUAGACGUAGGAGUUCACAACCAGGUCAACCUCAAUCAACCGCUAAUCGUAGAAAUUCCCAAUACGCAGAUGUUCAAGUUUCAAUGCUACCAGAUUUAUCUCAGGAUUUAACUGAUGAGGAAAGAAUAUGGGAAGAAAUAAUGGAAAUCAAAACAAUGCCAGUUUCAAUGGCCCAGAAAAGAGAAAUGAAAGCACAACUGCAGAACACGACCACAUUACGUUUAAAAGGUUUAGAUCAAAUCAAAUGGCAAAGACGUAAAGUAUGGCAACAAUUUGUAACAAAAUGGUCCGAAAUAUUAAAUAAAAUGGAAUUAUGGCGUUAUUCAUUAAAACGUAUUGAAGGAAAUUUUGGUACUGGUGUCGUAGCAUAUUUUUUGUUUCUAAGAUGGCUUAUGUUUUUAAAUUUAGUAAUAUUCAUUUUGAUAUUUUCAUUUAUUGUGAUACCACAUACUGUAUUACAUGUACCAAAAGAUAAACCAUGUGAUUCAGAUAAUGAAAUGAAUUCAACGCAAUGUUGUUUUAAAGAUUAUAUGAAUCGGUCUAUAGCAUCAUAUACCGUAUUGGAUAUUAUACAGGGCACUGGUUUUAUGGAAAGGACAUUAAUGUUUUAUGGGAUGUAUACAAACAAGAUAUUUGGUUAUCAUCCAUAUGGUAAUCCAUAUGAUGACGAUGAUGAUAUUGAUAGUAAUUUAAAUAAUCAAUCCUCUUUAGAUAGAAAAUUUGAUCAUAUUACGGAUAUAUCUAUAAAUAAUUAUAACUAUAAUAAUCAAGUCAAUGAUAUUAAUAAUAUUAAUAAUAAUAAUAAUAAUAAUAAUAAUAAUAAUAGCAAUAAUAAUAAUAAUAAUAAUAAUAAUAAUAAUAAUAAUAAUAAUAAUAACAAUAAUAAUAAUAAUGAUAAUUAUAGUAAUAAUAAUAAUAAUAAUAACAAUAAUAUUAAUAAUAAUAAUAAUAAAUCGAAUGAACUCUAUAAAGAGAAAGGUGAGGAUGAAUUAAAUUCAGAUGAUGUAUUAUUGCAACAAUUGACUGAAAAUAAUAACAAUUCAAGUUCAACUAUUAACAAUAGUUUUAAUUUAAGAAAAAAAUUAUUAUUUAAUGACUUGCAUAAUAAGAAUGUAAAUUCUAGUCAACAACCUCAACAAGAAGCAUUACAACAACAACAGCAAAACACGGACACAAAAUCACCUACAAUGAGUGAAUAUGUUACGAAUGAAUUAUAUUAUGAUUUACCUUUAGCUUAUGUAAGUGUAACUGCCGUUUACUUUUUGAUAUCUUUGGCUGCCAUUGUUAAAUCAGCUUCAAGAGAAUUUAAAGACCGUUUGGUUGACGGCGAAGGGCAAUUUUAUCAAUAUUGUAAUUUAAUAUUUGGGGGCUGGGACUUUUGCAUACAUAACGAAAAGUCUGCUGAUAUUAAACAUAAAGCAUUAUAUAAUGAAAUAAAAAGUUUAUUAUACUCAAAGCGAAUGGAAUAUGAACGUCAUAACCGUUCAAGGGAUUACAUGUGUAAAUUAAUACUGAUAAGAUUAAUCGUGAAUUUUAUUGUGAUUUUAAUUUUAAUUUCGUCAGCCUUUUUAAUUUAUUAUUUAUUUAAUGUAAGUCUAGAAUAUUUAGAUCCAACACUUAAACAAAAUGAACCUUUAACUUUAUUCCCAAAAAUGAAUUUAUAUGAUGAAAACAACAAUGAAUUUUCAAUACCACAAGCAAAUGCAUUACUAAGUGGUUUACAUAAUAAAAACAAUUCAACAUUAUUUAAUGUUCCAUUUGAAGAUAGUAGUUUACAAGCAUCGGCCGUAUCCGAUCAUACAAACGAACAAUAUCAAGAAGUUCAUAAAUUAUCAGAAAUUCAACAAAAACAACAAUCGUCUUCUAUAUUAAGUUCAUCAGAAGAACAAUAUAAUAUAAUAAAAAACUACGGAAAUAAUUUCAUUGACAAAAAAUUAUCAAGUGAGGAUGAUGAUGAAGAUGAAAAUGAUAGUCCAUUUAUUAGAAAAUCCGACAGUGAAUUAUUAUUUAAGAGAAAUCAACCAGAUUUAGUCAAACAGUUGGAAACAUUAUUUUAUGAAUUCCUUCCUUAUAUUGCUAUAGUAUGUUUAAAUCUUCUAGUACCAAUAUUUUUUAAUUAUUUAUGUGAAUUUGAACAAUAUUCACCAAUGUUUGUUAUUAAAAUAAGUUUAUUACGCACUGUAUUUUUACGUUUAUCGUCAUUAGCAGUUCUAUUAAGUCGCUUUUAUUUUUUGACUAUACCUAAAACAGACGAUCAAUGUUAUACAGAAAAGACUGGAACACCACAAUGUUGGGAAACUUUCGUUGGACAACAAUUUUAUAAGCUUGUCAUUACAGAUUUUGUAACUCAUAUUUUAGUUACAUUUUUUAUUAACUUUCCGCGUUCGUUGAUAGCAAAACAUGUCAAAACAAAAUUUGCUCGAUUAGUUGGCGAACAAGAAUUUGAAUUAACGAAGCAUGUUCUGGAUGUUGUAUAUUCUCAAACAUUGUGUUGGUUAGGUGCUUUUUAUGCGCCGUUUUUACCAGCAAUUGCAACAAUUUUAACGUUCUUUAUGUUUUACAUCAAGAAAUUUCAAUGUUUAGUCAAUUCAAAACCAUCAAUAAUUUUGUAUCGAGCUUCACGCUCUAAUUCUCUUUUUAUGUUCAUAUUGUUACUAUCAUUUGUCAUUGCUAUUGUUCCAGUAGUCUAUGCAAUAGCCGAAAUAAAACCUUCAAAAUCUUGUGGACCGUUUCGUGGCUUAAAUUCAGUGUGGGAUGCAGCAAUAGAUUCAUUUAUGAAAAUGCCAUCAUUUUUUCAAAAUUUUAUAUUUUUUUUGGGUACUGCCGGUUUUGCAAUCCCUUGCUUUAUUGUACUAACGUUAUUUUUAUAUUAUUAUUAUGCUGUAUCCGAUGCUAAUAAACAUAUGGUGGAGGUAUUAAAAAAUCAAUUAGUAUUAGAAGGUCACGACAAACAAUUUUUAUUAAAUCGAUUAAGUUCAUUUAUCAAACAACAACAAGAAUUUCAAAAAAAAAUGAGGCAAUAUGAUCCAAGAAUGGUUGAUUCACAAGUACCACAACAUCAACAACAAUCACAAUCCCAUAGAGAAAGUAGAGAUCACAGAAGUAGUCGUGAGCGCAAUAGACCUGAUGGAAUGUGUGAUUAAAUAUUAUGAUAUAUAAAAUGUGAAGAUAUUAAUUUUAUAAAGAAGGAACUAGAUUAAAUGAAUUAAGUUGAUUGUAAAAUAUUUAAAAAAGUGAUAGUUAUUUAAAUUUUAUUUAUACUUCGGAAUCAUACCUUUACUAAAUUUGGUAUGCAAAAAUAUUGCAAAGUAGUGUGUUAUAACAGUAUUUCAACACAAAAAAAUAUUUGACUUUCAUAUUCGUUAUUCACAAAUUUAGUCUGUGAUCUUCUUAAUACAAAGAAAAAAAUAGUUAAGACACAUAGAUUAAUUAUGAAAACAAGUUCACUCAAACUUUAAAAAUCUACAUAAUUAAUUCUGAAUGUAGAUUUUAAAUGCACAUGGUUGUAACACACUAUUAAAGCAAUCAUUCGUUUAUAUUAAUUAAGAAAGUAUAUUUAUUUAUAUUCUCAUUUUGUAAAUAAAAAUCGAUCAUACUUAGAU